AGUAUUUGGUGCUGCUAUACUGCUGACAUCCUCCCUCAACAUGUUAAUACCGUCUGCAGCCAGAGUGCACUAUGGGUGUGUCAUCUUUGUUAGGAUCUUGCAGGGCCUUGUAGAGGGGGUCACCUACCCUGCCUGCCACGGUAUUUGGAGCAAGUGGGCCCCCCCAUUAGAAAGAAGUAGGUUAGCAACCACUUCCUUUUGUGGUUCCUAUGCAGGAGCUGUUAUUGCAAUGCCUUUAGCUGGAAUUCUAGUGCAAUAUACUGGGUGGUCUUCUGUGUUCUAUGUGUAUGGGAGCUUUGGUAUAGUCUGGUACAUGUUUUGGCUUUUGGUUUCAUAUGAGAGUCCUGCAAAGCAUCCUACAAUCACAGAUGAAGAAAGGAGAUACAUAGAAGAAAGCAUUGGAGAGAGUGCCAACCUCCUAGGUGCAAUGGAAAAAUACAAAACUCCAUGGAGAAAAUUUUUUACAUCUAUGCCAGUCUAUGCAAUAAUUGUUGCAAACUUCUGUAGAAGCUGGACUUUUUACUUGCUGCUUAUAAGUCAGCCUGCUUACUUUGAGGAAGUGUUUGGAUUUGAAAUCAGCAAGGUGGGUAUCUUAUCUGCUGUGCCGCAUUUAGUGAUGACAAUUAUUGUUCCUAUUGGGGGACAAAUUGCAGACUUUUUAAGAAGCAGGCAGAUUCUUUCAACCACUACUGUGAGAAAGAUAAUGAACUGUGGAGGUUUUGGUAUGGAAGCAACUCUUCUUCUCGUGGUAGGAUAUUCUCACAGUAAAGGAGUGGCUAUUUCAUUCUUAGUGCUUGCUGUAGGCUUUAGUGGAUUCGCCAUAUCUGGAUUCAAUGUCAACCAUUUAGACAUUGCCCCGAGGUAUGCCAGCAUCUUAAUGGGGAUUUCUAAUGGAGUCGGGACCUUGUCUGGAAUGGUUUGCCCUAUAAUUGUCGGAGCAAUGACAAAGAACAAGACACGUGAAGAGUGGCAAUAUGUCUUCCUCAUUGCUGCUUUAGUUCAUUAUGGAGGUGUUAUAUUCUAUGGCAUAUUUGCUUCAGGAGAGAAACAACCCUGGGCAGACCCUGAACAGACAAGUGAAGAAAAAUGUGGCUUUAUUCAUGAAGAUGAACUUGCUGAAGAGACAGGGGACAUUACUCAGAAUUAUGUAAAUUAUGGUACCACCAAGUCUUACGGUGCUACAACCCAGGUCAACGGUGGCUGGCCUAAUGGUUGGGAGAAAAAAGAGGAAUUUGUACAAGAGGAAAUACAAGACUCAUACAACUACAAGGAAGGAGAUUAUUCAUAACAAACCUAAAUAUUGGGUAUAUUUUGUAGUGUUUGUGAUUAAAUUCAUUGUGAUUGUUUGCACACAGAAAUAAAAUGUGGUAUAAACAUGUAAACACAUAUCAAACAGGAAGGUCUUACUGUAAAAAAAAUCCAUUAAAGUGCAAUCUGUAUGAGUUGUGAUGUCAUCACUUUCAUUAGGUUAUAUUUGUUCUACAAACAUUAGAGUUUUAAGGGUUUACUGGUCAAAACUAUAGAGGCAAUUAGAUACUUACAGUAUACAAGAGCUAAAACUCAUAACUAAGGAUUAAAGCACAACUAAGCAACCAAGUUGGCACAUCUAAUGCUCUUUUUAGAAAGCCAAAAUUACUUGAUCAUUAAAAAUGCACUUAUAUAUUUGUUACACUGUAUUGAAAGAGAUUGUGUUAAAUACACACAUUUACUCAGUGCAAUGUGGGAAUUGUGUGUUUAGUCUAAGACAAGAGUUUUCUUAAAGAAGAAAGGUUGAGUCCUAGGCAUUUACAAAGGAUUGAUCCAGUUCCUUUAAUGGUAAUUGUAUCAAGCCUAAAGAACCAAUAGGGCAUAUUGUAUGUUUAUUGUGAUUACAUGCUGCAGGCUACUCUGUGAUGAAUAGAGGAAUUAUUUAGGAGUUUUAUACUGAAUGUUUGGGCACAAAUUCUUAUUUCUAUUCUUUACAGAAUCUUUUGAAAUUGUAGGCAUUGUCACGUUCUUCCCUGCAUUUAUCAACUAAUAUAAAACCAAUAUAUAAUGUUAAGUCUGACUUUUCAUGCAGACUGUCAAAUCCCUUUAUCAAAAAACAAGCUUUAUUAUUCUUUUCUUUGCAGUAUACUCCAACUUUGUACUGGUGUCUUUAGAGAGAGAGAAAAAACCAAUAUAACCUAGAAAAAGUUAUAGUCUUUUACAAAAUUCCAAAGAUAAAUUUACUAUGAGCAAGUAGCCCUAUGAAAAAGGAUGUAUUUGUUUUGCAGAAUAUUUUGAAGCCAAUAGAAGAAACAGAGAAUAAUUUAACCCUUAUUCUUCCCUUAAUAGCUUUCAUAUUUUUACACAUCGUGCCACAGUUGUAUACAUAGAUAUAAGUUUAUUGAAGAUACUGUAAUUAUAGAAAAUGUUGCUAUUUUAGAAAUCCCUGAAAUAAAAA